AUGUCGCUGUCCAGCGGGGAGCGCCCUGUGGGUCCAGGGACCCGCCUGUCCUGGCUGCUAUGCUGUAGCGCCCUGCUGUCCCCGGCCGCCGGCUAUGUGAUCGUGAGCUCCGUGUCCUGGGCUGUCACCAACGAGGUAGACGAGGAGCUGGACAGCGCGUCCACCGAGGAGGCACUGCCCGCGCUGCUGGAGGACUCGGGCAGCAUCUGGCAGCAGAGCUUCCCGGCCUCGGCGCACAAGGAGGACACGCACCUGCGGCCUCGGGGCUCCGCCCGCGCCAGGCCCGCACCGGCCCCGCGUGGAAUGUUCUCCUACCGGCGGGAGAGCGGCUCAUCCGCAGCAUCCCCUGUCCCUAGGGUGAGUGCUGGCACCGCCCGCUCCCUGGUCCACGCCAGUUCCUGGGGCUGUCUGGCCACCGCGUCCACCCAAGAAAAGAUCCAAGGCCUGCCCUUUGGGAGCUGCCUGGCCAUCAGCGAUGGCCCCGUCCACAACAGCACGGGGACUCCAUUCUUCUACAUGACAGCCAAGGACCCAGUGGUGGCUGACCUGGUGAAGAACCCCAUCGCCUCAUUGAUGCUGCCGGAAUCUGAGGGAGACUUUUGCAGAAAAAACAUCGUCGACCCAGAAGACCCCCGAUGUGCCCGGUUAACGCUCACUGGCCGGAUGAUCACAGUGCUGCCAGGGGAGUUAGAGUUCGCCAAGCAAGCCAUGUUUUCAAGGCAUCCAGGGAUGAGAAAGUGGCCCCGCCAGUAUGAAUGGUUCUUCAUGAAGAUGUGGGUAGAACACGUCUGGCUUCAGAGGUGGUAUGGGGGUGUAGCUGACAUCCCAAGGGAGGAGUACUUCAAAGCAGCUCCCAGGAAGGCCUGA